GCACACCUCGGCCGAUUCGUAUCUCAUCUAACCUCGGCUGUAUCAUGGGAAGCGCCAUUGGAACUACUUUUCCCAGCAGUAUAAAACCAAAAUGGCGGCCUCCAGUACACCGGUGAAAUGCUUGUACUUCUCUUCGGAUAUUCAAGCAUGUGUAUUGUGUGCGAAGAAAUUAACUAAACGAUUACACUGCUUAGGUAAAUUUAGAUUAACAAAACUGAAUUAUGUCAAAAUUAUUGAACAAUUUACAGGACAUGUACUUGAUCCGUCUUUAUUAUAUGAAAUGUAUGUAUGCGAAACGUGUGUGGGCAAGUGUCAAAGUUUCAUGGACUUUAGACGAAAGUGUGUAGACAGUAUUGAGAAUUUCGAAAGUACGCACAAACGUCUUAAACGUUUACCCAAAACUCCACCGUCGUCAUUACGACAUUCAGUGGCGGAGCAGAUAGAAAGCUCUGUGGAGAAAUUGAGAAAGUUAGAGUUAGGUGGAACAAAAAAAUCAAGACAAAAACUCUCAUUUGAGUCGUGCAGUGACACCCAAGAAUCAACUCAAGACCCCAUCAAUACAUCUGCACCUGACCAUAUUAAUUACUGCAAGUUCCAGCCAAUUAAUAUUGAAGAAAACGAUGCAGAUACUGAGACCAACCUUCUAGAUUUCUUCAAUAGCCAGGCAUUAUCGUCAUCAUCACCUUGCAGCAUGACAUCAACUAUAACAACGUCCCUUGAAAAUGUGUGCAAGGGAAGAAACAGUGUUCUUUUCAAGAAAGACCCAUUUAUGUUGAUGAACAAAAGCUGGAUGAGAGAAGUUUCCUCAGAGAUGAGUGAGAAGUGUUCAGAACUUUUCCAGAUAUUGUAUAAAUUAUAUGAAGUAUAUUAA